ACCGUCGCCCCUCCGUCGUCCCACAGACAUAUCGAAAAGAACGAGCCGAGCCGCCUCCAGAGCUCACCAGAUCGAUCGUUCGAUCCCCGAAAAUCUCUUCCCCCCCAAACCCUAGCAGGCAUGGCGACCGAGACGGAGCCCACCGCGGCGCCGCGCCUCCUCCUGGGCCCGCCCCUGAUCCGCGCCGCGCGCCCGUCCCCUGACUCCUCCGCCGCCGCCACCGGCGACGCGUCGCACCCGUUCCUCGACCUCCUCGACGCGGCCUUCAACGCGCCGUCGCCGGCGGCGCUCAAGCCGCGGAGGGCGCUCACGGAGAACUGCUCCGCCACGUACGCCAACUCGGGCAACCCCUGCCUCGACCUCUUCUUCCAGGUGGUCCCCGACACGCCCGCGGACCGCGUGCACCAGCUCCUCGCCGCCGCCUGGGCGCAGGACGCGCCCACGGCGCUCCGCCUCGCCUGCAACCUCCGCGGCGUGCGCGGCACCGGCAAGUCGGACAAGGAGGGCUUCUACGCCGCCGCGCUCUGGAUGCACGAGCACCACCCGCGCACGCUCGCCUGCAACGUCGCCGCGCUCGCCGAGUUCGGCUACCUCAAGGACUUCCCCGAGCUGCUGUUCCGCCUCCUCCGCGGCCCCGACGUGCGCGCGCUCGCCAAGGCCGGCGCCGAGGCCGACAAGGCGCGCAGGAAGGCCAAGGGCCUCGCCACGCAGCGGGAGGGCUUGCGGGCUAGGCUCGCCGGCCGCAAGCGCGCCCGCGAGCUGGCACCCGUGCCGCCCAAGGCCACCUUCGGCGACUUCCUCUCCGCCGCGCUCUCCAAGGCCGGCAAGGGCAGCAAGCCCGUGGAGAUUGUCCCGGUCCAGGAGCCCGCGGAGGUGCAGAAACCCGAAGCGAUGGAGGUGGACCAGAAGAAGACGACGGCGGCGAGUAAGCCGCGGCGGAUGUCGAAGAAGGUACGCACGGUUGCCAAGCUCGCCGUGCAGUCGCUGGAGACGUACUACGGCGACCGUGCCUACCGCUUCCUGUUCGACGCCGUCGCCGACUUCUUCGCCGCGCUCCUCACCUCGGACCUCGAGCAGCUGGCCUCCGGCGGUAAAAAGCGGAAGAUCGGGCUCGCCGCCAAGUGGUGCCCCACGCCAGGCUCGUCCUUCGACCGCACCACUCUGCUCUGCGAGGCCAUCGCCCGCCGCCUCUUCCCGCGCGACUCGGACCCCGAGCUCACCCAGCUCUCGGACGAGCACUACGUGUACCACGCCCUACACCGCCUCCGCCGCAAGGUGCUCGUGCCGCUGCGCAAGGUGCUGGAGCUCCCGGAGGUGUACAUGAGCGCGCAGCGGUGGUCGGAGCUGCCCUACACCCGCGUCGCCUCGGUGGCCAUGCGGCGCUACAAGUUCCUCUUCAAGAAGCACGACGAGGAGCGCUUCGACAAGUACCUGGAGGACGUGGAGGCUGGCAAGGCCAAGAUUGUGGCGGGCGCGCUCCUGCCGCACGAGAUCGCCGCGGCCGCCUACCGCGGCCAGGAUGACAAUGUGUCGGAGCUGCAGUGGCGCCGCAUGGUGGACGACCUCCGUUCCAAGGGGUCGCUGCGCAACUGCAUCUCGGCCUGCGACGUGUCCGCGAGCAUGAGCGGCACCCCGAUGGAGGUGUGCAUCGCGCUGGGCGUGCUCACCUCGGAGCUCAGCGAGGAGCCGUGGGCCGGCAAGGUGAUCACCUUCAGCGAGAACCCGGAGAUUCACCUGAUCCGCCAGAAGAUGGACUUCGUGCGGCACAUGCACUGGGGCGGGAGCACCAACUUCCAGGGGGUGUUCGACCAGAUCCUCCGCACGGCAGUGGAGGUGAGUCUGGCGCCGGAGAAGAUGAUCAGGACCGUGUUCGUGUACAGCGACAUGGAGUUCAAUAUGGCGUCGGGGAGCGCCUACGCCUACUACUACAGCCGGCGGGAGUCUGUUCCGUGGGAGACUGACUACGAGGUGAUCUGCAAGAAGUUCAGGGACGCUGGCUACGGCGACGUGGUGCCCCAGAUCAUCUUCUGGAACCUGCGCGACUCGAAGUCGACGCCGGUGACGUCGACCCAGCCGGGGGUGGCCAUGGUGAGCGGCUUCUCCAAGAACUUCCUCAAGAUCUUUCUGAAGAACGACGGCGUGGUGAACCCUGAGGCCAUCAUGAUGGAAGCCAUCGCCGGCGAAGAGUACCAGAAACUCGUCGUCUACGACUAGAUCCAUGCAUUGUCAGUUGUCAUCUUCAGCCUAGUUGGUCUGUCGUGCUGUUGGAUUAGCUUGUUUUCAGAAUUGUGAACAGCUGGCUUGCUGUGCUUGAUUAGCUUCUUUUCUGAAAUAAAACCAAAAUCAUGCCUGAUUGGAAUUGUUUUGCUUCAUGCAAUGUACUGAUCGAUCAUCACUUGGGAGUGCAUGAAUUUAUUGACCGUGCCUUGUGAAUUCCGAGCAGCUUUAGC